AUGGUCAAGCAAGAGAAAAAUGCUGUGGGAGGUAUGCUUGCUGAGGUUAUUCCGCCAGACUCUCAAGCAUGGUGGACAAAGCCUCAUCUCGUCAGACUGAACACUACGAUCACCGGUUUACUGCUCUACUCGAGAACAGUGGGCUAUGAUGGCUCGCUAAUGAACGGAAUGCAGUCUCUGGGCCAGUGGAAGGAAUUUAUGGAUCAUCCAGCCGGGGCCUGGCUGGGCUUCAUCAACGCAAUUCAGUUUCUAGGCGUAAUGCUAGGGCUCCCGCUGCAAGCAUGGGCUGCCAAUCGGUUUGGACGCAAGCGCACAAUAUUCGUCGGAUUUUCUUCCUUGCUUUCGGUGCAGCACUUCAGGCCGGUGCAACCAACCAGGCCAUGUUCAUCACUGCUCGUUUCCUGGUCGGACAGGCUAGUGCCUGGUUCCAAGUCUAUCGUUCUAAUCACCGAGAUUGCGUACCCUACUCACCCGUUUGGGUGCCGCAACAAUAACUCUUCGUGGGCGUGGCGCAUCCUGUCGUUGUUGCAGAUGGGGAUUCCACUCUUCGCCCUACCGCUGACGCUAAACGCGCCUGAAUCUCCUCGGUGGUUCAUCAGCAAGGACAGGCAUGAGGAGGCGCGCCAAAUGUUGGUGAAGCACCACGCAGGUGGUGAUCAGAAUUCUCUUCUCGUUGCAUCGGAAAUGGAAGAGAUUAUCAGGUCAAUUGCAAAAGAGCAAGAAGCAGAGAAUUCAACCGGAUGGGUCGAUAUGAAAUUAAUCUCGUUUAGUGGCAUUGUCUCAUAUUAUCUGACUCUCAUUCUUGACAACAUUGGCAUCACAUCGGUUACAGAACAGCUCAUGAUCAACGGGUUUCUGCAAAUCUGGAACCUCAUUAUGGCAGUAGUCGGCGCACUACUCGUGGAUCGCAUCGGUCGCGGCUUUGCCGAGACGGAUUCCAGAAGUAUCGGUAUCAGUGUCAUUCCCCUUCUGUUCGUGUAUUUUGCCGGAUACGACAUUGCCUUUACACCCUUGCUUUUGUCCUUUCCCGUAGAAAUCUGGCAGUUUUCCCUGUGGGCGAAAGGUGUGGCUUUCACGUCGACAUGCACUUAUUUCGCGCUUCUCUUCAAUUCGUUCGUCAACCCCAUUGCACUGGAGGCUAUUCAGUGGAAGUACUACUUUGUUUAA